UUUCGGGGGCGCAGCCGCCGGGGGCGGCGGAGCAGUAGACAUGGGAGCAGUUGUUGGCGACAUGGAUGCCAACGGUGUUUGUGCCUUCAUUUCCAUUCAGAAUGUUACUCAGCCGCUAGCGUACUCUGCAGAUCCAGCGGACGCCAAUCGUAAAUCGCACCAUGGGCAUGCCUCCCGCCGGCCUACAGCAAGGCUCUGUUUGGCGACAGACCAUUCCAGGACAAUCACGCCCUAAUCCUCAGCGGCAGCCAUUUAAUGCCCCAGUCGCUGGCCGCCAAGGUUCAUUCAGGAGUGCCACGACAAGAUCAGACCAAUCCGACAGUGCAGCAGAAGUAGAACGUCUAAUAGGCAGUUCGAAUCGUCAUUCUGCUCGCAAUGCAACUGCAAAUUGGGCUGCCGGCCAGGGUCAAAGCGGGCGAGCACCUCAGCGAGUCUUUGCGCAGCCCACGCCCAGGCGCUCAAGCGGCGGAUUCAGGCCAGCUCCAGUCUCAGGAUGAGUCUGGAGUGUAGUAGUACAGGAUGUCUGAAGGGUAUAGAUACAGUACCAUAUUGUAGCCGCAGAGCUCGGAGCAUUGUCCAUUAUUCCAGCGUCCAAGUUCGUUACAUGACCCUCUACGGGCGAGGA